AUGUGAAAAAAGGGGGAAAAUGCCCAGGAGGAAGCAGGAGCAGCCCAAGCGCCUCUCUUCACAUGGUACUAGGCAGGAAGAAGUGGAAGGUGAACUCAGUGAAGAAGAACGCUGGUUUGGAAAUUCUUCAGAGACUCCUUCAGAAGCAUCAUAUGGAGAAGUCCAGGAGAACUUCAAGCUGUCUCUUGAGGACAGAAUCCAAGAGCAGUCCACUUCCCCAGAUACUUCUUUGGGAAGUGCAACUCCGAGCAGCAACACAGUGGAGGUGGGAACCAUUGAAAAUGAAGCUCUAAGAGACACAUUACAGAGCAAAGAGCACCUUUCUCCUGAUGUGCCAUCUCUACGUGAAGAAGAAUCUCCUGUUCCAAAUAAGCCACUGAGUAGCAACCUGAGACGGCUACUGGAGGCUGGCUCCCUCAAGUUGGAUGCUACUGUCACAGUCAAUGGCAGAGUUGAGUCUCCUGUAAAUCUUGGCUCAAAUCUCUCCUUCUCUCCACCUGCUCAUCAUGCUCAGCAACUAAGUGUUCUUGCCAGAAAGCUUGCUGAGAAACAGGAGACAGGUGACCAAUACAAUGCAAGUAAUCACUUUUUAUGGAAUCAAGGUAAGUGGUUGCCAAACUCCACCACCACCUGUGGUUUGUCACCUGAUUCAGCUAUCCUGAAACUGAAAGCCGCAGCCAAUGCUGUUCUGCAGGACAAAUCUCUUUCAAGGACUGAAGACACUGUAAGAUUUGAAUCCUUUUCUUCACCUUUUAGUUCUCAGUCUGCCAGCUCCACCUUAGCAGCUUUAUCAAAGAAAGUGAGUGAAAGAAGCAUGACUCCUGGCCAGGAGCACCCGCCUCCAGCAAGUUCUUUCCUUUCUCUGGCUUCCAUGACCUCUUCAGCUGCCCUGCUCAAGGAGGUUGCUGCAAGGGCUGCAGGCACCCUGUUGGCUGAGAAGAAGAAAUCGCUGGUUGCCGAGGAUCCCUUGCAACUUUCAGAGAUGAAUCAAGAGAAAGCAACUCCACCACAGUCUUUGGAAUUAUUGUUGCUGCCAGUCCCUAAGGGAAGAGCAUCCAAACCCACUAGUACAGCCUCAGAAGAAGAAGGAGGAAAACCUUUCCAAUGUCCGAUCUGUGGUUUGGUUAUCAAGAGGAAGAGUUAUUGGAAACGGCACAUGGUGAUUCAUACAGGUUUAAAAAGUCAUCAGUGUCCACUCUGUCCAUUUCGCUGUGCACGCAAGGACAAUCUCAAAUCACACAUGAAGGUCCAUCAGCACCAAGACAGGGGUGAGACCUUUCAAUGCCAGCUAUGCCCUUUUACCUCCUCCCGCCACUUCAGCCUGAAACUCCACAUGCGUUGCCAUCAGCAUUUCCUCAGGACAGAAUCCAAAGUGAAGGAGGAAAUACCAGAAACUGAGGUCAAGGGGUCACCACAGCUAAAUAGUGACUCCUGUCCUGGACUGCAGAGGGAAGGAGGUGGACCUGACCUCACGGGAUCAGCAGUUGUGUCUAAAACGCCCGAUGUGGCUGGGCAGGCUAGUGGAGGCAUUCCACCUUUGCUAGUAAAAGAGGAGCCCAAAGAUGACAGUGGCAUCGCAACUUCACCUUUUGCUCUUAGCACUAUUGACAGAGCCCCCAACAACGUGAAGCUGAAGGACUCCUCUGACUUUGUGGCCAACACAGCAUCGGCGCUAUUCAGCCAAGACAUCUCUGUCAAGAUGGCAUCAGAUUUUCUCAUGAAGCUGUCAGCUGCAAAUCAAAAAGAGCCAUUGACUCCUAAAUUUAAAGUGAAAGAUGAGCCUAAGGAUGAAGAAGCUGCGAGUUCAACCUUGUCUCAGUCCACCUAUAUGUUCAGCCAAGGAUCCGAAGCCUCAGCCCCAAGCAUCCCCGAGGAGAAAGUCAAGCCACAAGAAGUGCAGGCAAAUGUGAUGAGGCAGGACAUGUCAGUCAAGGCAGCGUCUGAGCUCCUCAUGAAGCUAUCAGCUGAGAGUUACAAAGAAACCCAGAUGGUAAAGAUAAAAGAAGAACCAAUGGAAGUUGACAUUCAUGAUUCACAGGCUUCAGUGUCACCUAGCCAACCCAGCCAAAAUGUUGGCUAUAGCACUUUAUUAGGGCGAGAAAUCAGUGAACACAUACAGAAGGCACCAGAAGGUCGUGUGCUCCCGGAAAGAAAUCUGUUCAGCCAGGAUAUAUCAGUGAAGAUGGCAUCUGAGCUGCUCUUCCAGUUAUCAGAAAAGGUGAGCAAAGAGCACAAUCACAAUAAAGACAACACCAUCAGAAGUACAACCAGCCCUUUGUUUUCUGAGGACACAUUUAGACAAUCACCAUUCACUUCCAACUCAAAAGAUCUGCUGCCUAAUGAAACAGCUCUUCAUGGAAGGACAUCUGCACCAGAAACAGAAAAACUAGGGCUGGAGGCAGGAAAUGGAUUGCCAUCUUGGAAAUUUAAUGACCAGCUCUUUCCCUGUGACGUGUGCGGAAAAGUGUUUGGCCGACAGCAGACUUUGUCCCGACACCUCUCACUGCACACAGAAGAGAGAAAAUACAAAUGCCACUUGUGCCCCUACGCUGCUAAGUGCCGUGCUAAUCUGAACCAGCACCUGACCGUCCAUUCUGUGAAGCUGGUGAGUACAGACACUGAGGACAUUGUCAGCGCUGUCACUUCUGAAGGCAGUGAUGGAAAGAAGCACCCUUAUUAUUACAGCUGUCAUGUAUGUGGAUUUGAGACAGAGAUGAAUGUGCAGUUUGUCAGUCAUAUGUCCCUCCAUGUGGAUAAAGAGCAGUGGAUGUUCUCAAUUUGCUGCACAGCGUGCGAUUUUGUCACCAUGGAAGAGGCAGAUAUGAAGGCUCACAUCAACAACAAGCACACAGUUGAAGACAGGAAGACAUCCAGUGAAUCUAACAGCCCAUCUUCAUCUUCUUUGUCAGCACUGAGCGAUUCUGCCAACAGCAAAGAAGACGCAGAAAUAACCCCAAAAAACAAGGGUUCAAACAACCUGCUAGUCAUUUCAGUAGUGCCUGGUAGUCAGACUUCAUUGAACACUGAAGAGAAGUCAGAGAAAGGGUUUGAAUGUGUUUUCUGUAACUUUGUCUGCAAAACAAAAAACAUGUUUGAGCGCCAUCUGCAAAUCCACCUGAUCACACGGAUGUUUGAGUGUGACGUGUGCCACAAGUUCAUGAAGACACCUGAACAAUUAUUGGAGCACAAGAAAUGCCACACUGUCCCCACUGGUGGGCUCAAGUGCCCAUUCUGCAUCUACUCUACGAACCGCCCCGCAGCGAUGGAGUGCCACCUCAAGACUCACUACAAGAUGGAGUACAAGUGUCGGAUCUGCCAGACAGUGAAAGCAAAUCAGCUGGAGCUGGAGAUGCACAUCCGAGAACACCGCCUUGGCAACCAUUACAAGUGCGACCAGUGUGGCUACCUGUCCAAGACUGCCAACAAGCUGAUUGAGCAUGUGCGUGUCCACACUGGUGAGCGCCCUUUUCACUGUGACCAGUGCAGCUACAGCUGCAAACGCAAAGACAAUCUCAACUUGCACAAGAAACUGAAGCAUGCUCCACGCCAGACUUUCAGCUGCGACGAGUGCCUGUUCAAGACUACCCACCCCUUUGUCUUCAGCCGCCACGUGAAGAAGCACCAGAAUGGGGACUGCUCCGAAGAGGAGAAGAAGGGCCAGUAUUCAACCUCCAAGGAAGCCAGUCCACUCCUAUCAGUAAACAGCUGCAGAAACCUCCUCUCACCCCUCUCAGUUAUGUCUGCCUCCCAGGCUCUGCAAACAGUGGCUAUGUCAGCUGCACACAGCAGUGGGGCAGAGCCAAACUUGGCAAUGAAGGCCUUGGCCAUCAACGGCACUUCCUUGUGCUUUGAUAAAUACUGGAACUCCGAGUUCGCCCACCUUAUUCCCUUAACAAUGUUUUUCCCCAAAAACCACUAUGAUCUCACAUUCCAUCCACCCAGACCUCAGACUGCACCAGGAGGUGCCUCUUCACCUAAACACUCCUUCCUUGCCUACCUUGGACUAACAGAAAGGGCAGAAACUGUCUGAGGGCAGUUACAUUCUGUACCAAAAAUACCCCAACAAACCCAGCAGGUAUACGUUGCUGCAAAACAUAGACCGAAGAGGUAACGAACACUUGUACUAUAUAUAUCAUUAGUAAGGUUUAGAAAAUGGCUCUGUGUGUAUACUUAUUGCAUUGACAUGAAAGCUGCUUUAUUAAAUCUUCAAGAGGUGACCUACUGCAUACUUCUACCUUCAGAGGCAUGUUCCCAGUACUCUUAUCUAAGAAACUAUUUUGUCUUGUUAAGCUGAACAAGAGUGUCCUUAAUGGCAAUCAGCACUUGUAAGAUUUCAUAUUGAUUUUGGUGUGUGUGUGUGCGUGCAUGUACGCACGUGCACACAUGGGUGUGUGAAAGAGAGGCUAUCUACCUGCAGCAUGCCAUGACAUUGCUUUUGCACAUCUCUUGUAUUGGCUUAUUUAAUUAUUAUUAUUUUUUCUCCCUUUUCACACUCUUCCUUCAGCCCCUGCCCCUAUCUCCCCCUGAACCGUAGUAACGCUUGGUUCAGUGUGGAUUGGUGUAUUAUUCGAGUGCUGUUUUGCAGCUUCCUGUAGGAGUUUGAUGCCUUGUACUCAUUUGUCAAGGUUUGAGGAUUUGGCGUAGAACUGAUGAGGAAGAAGUUGCUUUCAGCACUGCAGGAUGUCAUGCUCUCGUAUGACAAUGAAAAGCGUGUGUAUGUACCUACAUGUGCAGAGGCAGUGCGAGAAUUCACACACCACAGAACAGGCCCAAGUCUCAGCUGUUACACCAGUAAAACAAACACCUGAGGUCGGGCCACAGCAUACAUCAUUUUUUUUUGAAAGGGCAUAUAAAUAUUCUAUAUAUGUAUAUGUGUGUGUGUAUCUAUAUAAUAUAUAUGCAUAUAUAUAUGUUUAUAUAGAUACACACACAUGCGUGCACAUGCGAGCGCGCACACACACACACACACACACACUGUAUUAAUGCAGUGGUUACCUUUUAGUUUGCAGGAACAACCUGUAUAGCUAGAAUUUUAUGGUGGAAAAAUCCAACAGAGGGGAUUUUAAAAGGGUAUGGAUAAAUUCUGGGUAUAAAUACUCAGACUAAAAAAAAAAAAAAAAAAAAGGCAGUUUUGCACAGUGCUUUAGUCUUGCACUAGUUUGUUCCUCACUUGCAAAAAGAAAAAAAAAAGGAAAAGAAAAAAAAAGAAAAAGCAUCAUGUGGGAUGAAGGUAAUGAGACUAUAUAUUUGAAAAGGUACCAGUAACUUCUUUCAAAUAUAAAGCUAUAAAAGGAUGCUGUUUUAACCAGACAGUUCUCUUUUAUACCCUUACUAUUCCAAUUGUACUUGCAGAUUCUACAGGCCUAUCAAUACCCUUCAUGCUAUUUGUAACACUUUACUCCUUUUUGUUAAUGGCUGGUAGAAUACACUGCUAGGAAGCUAACUUUAUACUUAUUUAAUGCUCUUACUUUGUGGUCAUUAAAAUGACUUGUUAUAUGUAGCACUUUACUGCAGGAAGAAGCAAAUGUGCAUUGGUUUUAUAACCUUUGUUAAUCUCAAAAUGCCAACAGUGAUCUUAAAGAGGCAAAAUUGACUGGCUGUCAAUUGAUCUGUAUUUCUUAGAGAACUUGAUAUCCAGGAAGAAAGAUCAGGCUUAAAAAUACUCUGCAUUAAAGUUGGAAGUAUAAAAUGUAAAACAUUUCAAAAUUAUCAUGUGACUUACUUACAGAAAUGCUUUCUUCUUACUGGGCUAUUGUUUUCCAUGGUGCAUCUUGGAAUUCGAUCUUGCUGUCUUUCACCAGGUAUGAGAUCUGUCUCGGCUCGCUUCUGCAGUCCCCUCUUCCCUCUCAGCCAAGCCCUAACUCGCAUUUAACGUGUUACCCGCCCAUCCUCGCGCUAUCUCGCAGCAACUUCUCCUGCAGGCUGUGGGAUGGAGGGAUGCAACAGGCUUCGGGGGCCGCUGGAGCCAGCCCCUUGUCUGUGACAGCACUAAAGCAGUGCCUCAGUUCAGAGAGGCAUUUCUGGUCCGUAAGGGCUCUUAGCUGUAUGCAUGAUUAGAAACAUAAUCUCAGUCUCUGCUAUUUCUUAACUGAAGCUUGUGAAGAGAUACUUUCUUGACUCAAAACUUGCAUCAUUUAACCUAGUGGCAAGACUCCUACCUUUGUUUUGCACUGAGACAGAGAAACAUUCUCUACUGUCAUGACCAAACUCUUCCUGUAGAGCUUUGGGGAGGGCAUCCUUAUCCGUGCACUGCUCCUUACAUACUGGAAGCUAUUUACAAGGGGGAACUAUCUAAAAGGAGUAGCAAGUUAUUGUCUGGAAUUAUUAAUUAAAAAGACAGAGAACUGCAACUGCACCAUCUUGUUUACAUUCCAGCAGACGUUUUGGUUCUACUGAGCAUGUGGCAGUUCUGUCUAAGCCAUCUGUUCCAAGUUGUGCAUAAACCGUAGUAAACAAUGUGUAUAACUCAGGGCCCUGUCCGCCACGCUUUACUCCAUCAGAACUCCUGGUAACCCCUCUAGGAGUACAGACAAAAUAGAAAAUGCUGGUUUAGUAAAUACUCAAAAGAAUAAAAACUGUUAAAAAUAAGUAUUCUCAGCAGCAUGAAAUACCAUUCUAUAAAACACACUCCAAUGCAUAGUUCCAAACCCACCAUAGUAGAGCAAACACUUCCAAAUCAAAAGGCUUAUUUUUUAAAUGAACAAGUAAAAUACAGCUGUGCAGAAGGAGGAAGUAGUAAUAUUAAUGGGAUACUUUAUGUAAACCAAACUGCAAUAUAAAUAGGGCUGGAACUUCUAAGAACAAGCUGUCAGCAUACUAACGCCAUGUGUUUAACAAUGUUCCACUCUACCAGUAUCUGAAAUUGUAAUGUUUAAUGUACCUGGCAACUUUGUUUAGCACUUUGGAAAGAAUCAAUUAAUUCUUUAUGGUAAGUUAUAAAAGUUUUCUCUGUAAGGAAAAAUGUGUGUUAGGAGGUUUUUAUUUUUUUAAGAAAAACACAGUAUUUAUCAGAGCUCAUGUAUAUUAAAAUAAUUGGUUUGAAGUUCAAGGCUAAAGAAAGGAAUCUUCUCCUACCUAAAGACCAACAGUUCUGAUAAAUUCCCCCCACCAUAAAGCAAAUUUCAUACUGGUUUUCACUAUGCAUUCUUUAAUGAAAGCUAGCAUGUUUCUCCAUUCAGUAAUUCAGUUAAAGUUCUCAGCACUUUUUUUUUCUUUCUUCUGUCUUUUUAUUUUUUACUUGUUGUAUUAUGUUCAAAUAUCAAUCUGUCAAGGUUUGUGUACAUUAAUAAAAAUUUGUAUUGUAUAAAGCUUUUUGCAUUAUAAGGCUGUACAGGGUCAUUUUGACAGUAACUGGUAUAUUCCUUUGCAUCUUAUGUUGCAUUGCCAAUUUCUAGUGUAUCCAGUUUGGAAGUACAAUAUACUCUAAUUAAAAAGGUUGGCUACA